UGGGGCCUGGUGAGGGGUCAGGUGGGCGGGGCCGGCCGGGGAGAGGCGGCCCCGCCCAGCCGACUGGGCCCGCAUCCCGCAGGAGCCGCAGCGCAGAGGAGCGCGGACGCGGGGACGCGCGGACGCCGGCGCUGCCCGAGCAUGUGGAAGCUGAGCCGGGGUCGGGUGCUGCUGGACGAGCCCCCAGAGGAGGAGGACGGCCUGCCCGAGCUGCCGCCGCCCGCACUGGCCGCCGCCCCCGCGCAGGAGGGCUCGGAGACAGGGUGGCUAGCCUUAGAGACACCACUGGAAGAAACCAAGGCCCCAACACUGGAGACAGUUCUCUGCCCACGUGCUUACAGGAAGAAAGGCUUAGCUACGCCUGGGAGCCCCAGAGCUGGGGCGCUGGUUCAGGGAGCCAGCUUCCGAGGCUGGAAAGAGGUGACUUCUCUGUUCAACAAAGACGAUGAACAGCACCUGCUCGAAAGCCGCAAACCUCCCAAGUCCAAAGGAACAGCCCAGCCCACAACAUCACAUCAAGCAGAGGAGUCCUGGCAAAUUGGAGCUGAGACCUCCAGGGAUUAUCAGGCUCUGAAGAAGCAGCUAACAUGGUAAGAACAGCCCACACGAACAACAGGCAGAGAACAGCUCCAACUCUUACCCAGCGCCGAGAGAAAAGGAAGUGCCCUUGCUUCUGAGACAGCAGCCACUGCGUCUGUCCUCACAAGCAUCUGCACGGACAGGUAAGACCGUGACUGCCGGAAUCACUACUGGAUCCACUCCCUGCUGGCUCUCCAUUCGCACAGUCGCACAGUGUAGACUGGAGUCAGAACAGCCCAACGCGGAGACGAUAAGGGUUGCUCAUCUGUUUGAUGCUGUGUAGCCAACAGAGCCAGGUUUACAAAUGACCAUUAAGAAAGAGGUCGAUAACUCAGGGGAAAAAAACUGGUCAAAAAAUGAAGAGGAAUGAAGGGUGUUUAUUGGGCUGGUCAUGAAAUGAAAUGCAGGGUACUUCUGGGAUCAGAGUGAAGCAGAAUGUGUAAUAUUCACCGGGCCAGUCUUACAAUGAAGUAUAACUUGCAGUGUUUCAUGGAGCUGAUCAUAAAAUGUAGACAAAUACAGCAUUGUCUUGGGGCUGCUCCCAAAAUGCUGUGUAUCACAGGGUGUUUCUGGGGCCACACACAGUACAAAGUGGAAUGUUUGCCAUCCAUAGGGCCACACAGAGAAUCAAGUGCAAUGUUUGUUGUUCCUGGGGCUCACAGAGAAUGAAGUAGAAUGUUGGCCAUUCAUGGGGCCAGUCAAAAGUUAAGUUUAAUGCAGGGUGUUCAUGGAAUAUCAGUACGAGAGGUUUCAGGGAUGUUUGUAAAAUGAACAUUGAAUGCUCGUUAUUUAUGAGUCUGUUCAAAAAAAAUAAAGGGAACUGGAGGUGUUCAUUGGACCAGUCAUUAAAUGAAAUGGAAUACGGUGUUGACAGGGCCAGUGAUAAAAUUAAUUUGAAUGUAAGUUUGUUGAUAGGUCUGUUGACAAAAUGAAGUGAAAUGUAGGGUGUUUGUGGUGCUGGUCAUUAAAUGAAAUAGAAUAUAGGGUACUCCUGGGGCCACACUUUCAGUGAAGUGGAAUUUAAGUUGUUCAAGGGGUCCAUGACAAAACGAAGUACUGAUUAUUGGGUCUCAGGGGGCCAGGCAGCAAAUGAAGUGAAACAUACUGUCUUUGGAGCCAUACUUUCAAUAAAGUGGAAUACAAUUUUUUCAUAGGGUUGGUCACAAAAUGAAGAAUUCAGGGUGUUCAUGGUGUGGGUCAAAAAACCUAGAGGAAUGCAGGGUGCUUACGAACCUGUUCAUUAGAACUGGAAUGUAGGAUGUUUUGGUUUUGUUACUAAAAUGCAGUGGAAUGCAGGGUGCUCUUGGGGCUGAUUAUAAAAUGAAGUGGGUGCAGGGUGUUCGUGGAGCCAGUCACACAGUGAAGCGUGAUUCGGGCUGUUUAUGGAAUGUGGGUGAAUGUGGUGUGUCCAUGAACUUGGUCAUGAAGUGAACUGUACAGUGCUGAUGGGUCUGUUUAUAAGCUGAAGUGGAAAUUAUGGUGCUCGUGGGCCUGGUCAUGAGGUGAAGUGGCAUGUGGUGUGCUCACAGAGCCAGCCAUAAAAUAAAUUGGAAUGUACAUUUCUUGCAGCCAUUCACAACAUGAAGUAGAAUACAGUAUUCACAGAGCCAGUUACAAGCAGCAGCAGAAUACAGGGUGGUGUGGUAUGAACUGGAAUUUAGGGUGUUUGCAGUUCUGUGCAUAAAAUGGAGAAAGGUGUUCUUGGGGAUAGUCAUAAAUUGAACACGGGAUAUGUGGUGUCUCAUGAGCCAUCAUAAAAUGAAUGCAGAACACAGGGUUUUUUAGACCUGGCCAUAACAUGAAGAACAUAGGACGUUCAUGGUCCCAGUCAUGAUGUGAAGUUGAAUAUACAGUGUUUGUUGUGUGGUCGUAGGGUGUUCACAGGCAUGGUCAUAAAUUAAUGUACAAUGAAGGCUGUUUAUGUGGGGGUGUUCAUGGGGCCUGAAUUAAACGAAUUGGAACAUAAAUGUGUUGAAGGGUCUGUUGACCAAAUGAAGCGGAACAGAGGACAUCAUGAAGAUGAGGAUGCAGCGUGCCCUGGGGGCAGCUACCAUGAAGGGGACUGCUCUGUGGUCGCAGGGCAACCAUGUGGUCAGUUGUCGAAGUGGAAUGGCCAGUGUUCAUGGAUCAGCACGUGCAAUUAAGUGGUUUGUAGGGUGUUCAUGGUGCCCAUGAUAAAAUGUGCAUGGGCAAUGUGAACACAGGGGUUUCGGGGUUCAGGAGAAAGUCCAACGUGUGCAUCUGCAGGUGUCUGGUUGGAAACCUAAGUCACGAGUGCACUCCUUGGUGUCCGAGUGUU